AUGAGUGAUCGAGCAAAGAAGAUGAUGGCUGCUGUAGGUGUAAGGCUUCGACGUGUACAUGAAGAGGAUAACGAACACGUAACUUGGGAAGUGACACCAUCGCAAUCAAUCAGACAAGAGUCAGAUCAUCUGGAAGAUAAUGAGACCAGAAAGUAUUCAAAUAAUGAAAUUGUGGCCAAAGAGAAUCCAUACAAUGAUUUCAUGAGAUUUAACGAAAAUCAGCAAUUGGACUCUAACUCUUCUACUAGUGUUACAUCGUCUUCUUCUUCUCAGAUUGAUGCUAGCAGUGAAGAUUCUAACUAUACAACUGGUGACGAGUCAAGUACUGAUUCAAAUAGCAGAGUCGACGAGAACAAUCCCCCACGACGUAUAGUCAGAGAUAAACAAAUUACCAAAAAGAGACCUAAAAAAACAGCAGAAUGGCGUAGAAAUGUAUGUAAAAAACUGAGAAACUGUGGCCAGAAGUAUGAAACUCUAUCUAAAAAUAAAGUGUUACAAGAACGAAAGAUUUUGACACCUUGUAACGAAAAAUGCCGUUUAAAAUGUACCGGAAAGUUCACUGAUGAACAUAGGGAACACAUUUUUAAUACAUUCUGGAAAUUAGGAGAUUUACAGAAGCAAAGGUCCUUUGUUUUGAGUAGUAUGCGGACAAUACCUAAACAAUAUACAAAAGUAGAAAAAGAUUAUCCCGAAAAGUACUUUUAUAAAACUUCCUACAAUCAGACCGAAUUCAAAUCAGUUAUAAUUCACACAAGACGUCAAAAUACGAGGCAAGGAACAUCAUCCAUAGCAAACUAUGAAUUGACAUCAGCAUAUCAACAGCCAUUACCAGUUUCAAAGAGGAAGUUCGACGAUCUACAAUCCCUUCUUUCAAAUAGAUCUAUUUCUUCUGCCUAUUCUGGUUUUUUUCAACAGUUGCGAAAGGAAAAUUAA